AUGGCGACUGAGGCUUUAGGAAAUUUUGCUAAAGGCCACAUCUACGGUUGGGGAUUCCCGAAGGCCAAUACUUCAGCUAUUUCCCGUUAUCUGCAGGGAUUAUUGCUAAUAGUUUUAGAUCGUGAAACUUGUUGGGAAUAUUACAACACGGAAAAAAUAUCUGAGGAUGAAUUGUGCGUUGUGGAUCCUCGUGGAGGUUCUCUUUGUGACGGUGACAGCGGCGGUCCUCUCAUCGUGGACGGAAAACUCGCGGGGGUAAUUUCGAGCGGACCCACAGACUGCUCCAAUAACAUACCCGGGUAUGUCAUGAGCAUUUCCUAUUACAAACAGUGGAUUGAAGAUGUUCUGAAGGGCACUGCAAAGGCGAUAACGUAUUUCGCGGAGACGCCAGCGGAUACCACUUACACGAAGCCAAAUUCGCAGCCCGCCAGGAAGUCAGAGCAAUCGAAUCAACGGGAUGAGCUCUCCUCACAUUUUUCAGAGGCUAAAAUACCGGGCUAUCGACCACGGAAACAUCUGCAGUUACCGAAAUUGAUUUGUGAAGUAUUAAAAUCUCGUCUUGGGACGCUCUCCAAGACAAUGCAAUUGCCUCUCAUCAUUCUAACGCUCGCCGCCAUCUUUAAUCAUGGUGUCAAUGGAAGAGCUCCAUCAAAAAUCGUCGGCGGGAAACGAGUCGAUAUCACGGAGGCCUCAUUCAUGGCGAUGAUCCGUCACAACUUGAGUGAUACAAACAUAUGUGGAGGUACCAUCAUUGACAGCAGGCACAUCCUGACUGCGGCGCACUGCUUCACCAGACACUCCACAGACCCUUCACACUCUGAUCAUCCAGCUUGGCACUAUAUUGUAGUUGGGGAGGGCACCUAUCACCCCGACGUACAAAGAUAUUAUAUCGAGGAAGUUUAUUCUCAUCCAAAUUACCUCCCCCGUUCGCUCGGCGAAGCCCGCGAGAGGGCAGAUAUCGCAGUCAUUAAACUCAAGGACGAAAUACCUCUAACUCCAAACACAGAACCAAUCUCAUUAUCGGAACGUACACCACGGUAUGCAUCUCGCGGUCUGAUAUACGGUUGGGGGCGAAGCCACUGGGAUAAUGCAAAUGAAACCCGCCCAUUGCAAGGGUUAAUCGUCAAGGUAGAUUAUCUCAAAUCUUGCAUGGAAAGGUGGCCCACGGCGUAUUUCAGCGACGACGAAUUAUGCGUGCAUAGCAAUGCCAACGCUGCUGAUUGUAAGGGCGACAGUGGGGGUCCUCUCGUAAUGUACGCAAAAGUUGUUGGAGUCAUUGGGCACGGAUCUCUUUUCUGCAACGGUGAGAUACCAAGUGGUGUCGCCAAUGUCGCUUACCAUAAAAAAUGGAUUGAAAAUGCUAUCAAGGGUACAGCAAGGGCGUUCAAAUAUUUUUCACCGGAUGUCCCCGAAAUUGCUCACCAUGCGGUACUUCCUUCAGUUCACUCGAUCCCUCCACGUCAGAAGCCAAAGGUGGCAGUGCAUGAUGAGCUUUCCGGGCGACCCUUGGAAAUAACUAGGAAAAUGUAUUUGCUUAACAACAUACCAAAUGGUUCGUUCACCUCGUGGGGAAGAGUAUCAGAAUCACCUCCGGGGCAACGACGUCCGACAUGA